UCUGUUGCUGAGUGAGCCGCAGUCUCUAGAGCACCAAGGUGUUUCGGUCGCCUACGGCCAGCCUCGCCCGCAAACCCGGUGUUGUUGGGCUGCAUCCCGAACGGGGACGUUGGCGAAGCACGGGAAGCGGCCACCAUGCCGAUCAAUAAAUCCGAGAAGCCAGAAAGCUGCGAUAAUGUGAAGGUUGUUGUUAGGUGCCGGCCCCUCAAUGAGAGAGAGAAAUCAAUGUGCUACAGACAGGCCGUCAGCGUGGAUGAGAUGAGGGGAACCAUCACCGUCCAUAAGACCGAUUCUUCCAAUGAACCUCCGAAGACAUUUACUUUUGAUACUGUUUUUGGACCAGAAAGUAAACAACUUGAUGUGUAUAACUUAACUGCAAGACCUAUUAUUGACUCUGUUCUGGAAGGCUACAAUGGGACCAUUUUUGCAUAUGGACAGACUGGGACAGGCAAGACUUUCACCAUGGAAGGUGUCCGUGCUGUGCCAGGGCUUAGAGGAGUCAUCCCCAACUCAUUUGCUCACAUAUUUGGUCACAUUGCAAAAGCAGAGGGAGACACAAGGUUUUUGGUUCGAGUGUCAUACUUGGAGAUAUAUAAUGAGGAAGUUCGAGACCUUUUGGGCAAGGAUCAGACACAACGGUUAGAGGUUAAAGAAAGGCCUGAUGUGGGAGUGUAUAUCAAAGAUUUAUCAGCUUAUGUGGUCAAUAAUGCUGACGAUAUGGAUAGAAUCAUGACACUAGGCCACAAAAAUCGUUCUGUUGGUGCAACUAACAUGAAUGAGCACAGUUCAAGGUCCCAUGCUAUUUUUACAAUUACUAUAGAGUGUAGCGAGAAAGGUGUUGAUGGAAACAUGCAUGUCAGGAUGGGGAAGCUCCAUCUUGUGGAUCUCGCUGGGUCAGAAAGACAAGCGAAAACUGGAGCCACGGGACAGCGCCUCAAGGAAGCUACAAAAAUCAACCUUUCACUCUCCACCCUGGGCAAUGUCAUCUCUGCCUUGGUGGAUGGAAAAAGCACGCAUGUGCCAUAUCGGAACUCUAAACUGACGCGUCUUCUGCAGGAUUCCUUGGGAGGGAACUCAAAAACCAUGAUGUGUGCAAAUAUUGGGCCAGCAGAUUAUAAUUACGAUGAAACCAUCAGUACCUUGCGGUAUGCCAACCGAGCCAAGAACAUUAAAAACAAAGCGAGAAUUAACGAAGACCCUAAGGAUGCUCUGCUUCGUCAGUUCCAGAAAGAAAUAGAAGAGCUGAAGAGAAAGCUUGAGGAAGGGGAAGAAGUUUCAGGCUCUGACGUUAGUGGGUCGGAGGAGGAUGAUAAUGAGGAGGGUGAACUUGGAGAAGAUGGAGAGAACAGGAAGAAGAGAAGGGGCAGUAGCAGCAGCAGUAGCUCAGACUCCACAUGUUCUGUCAUAGAGAAGCCUCUGGAUGAGUUCUUGCCUCACCAAGCAGGUAAAAAGAAAGUUUCCCCAGAUAAGAUGGUGGAAAUGCAAGCGAAAAUUGAUGAGGAGAGAAAAGCAUUGGAAACAAAACUUGACAUGGAAGAAGAAGAAAGAAACAAGGCUAGAGCUGAACUGGAGAGACGGGAGAAGGACCUUCUAAAAGCCCAACAAGAGCACCAGUCUUUGCUGGAAAAACUCUCUGCUUUGGAGAAGAAGGUCAUUGUUGGUGGUGUGGACUUGUUGGCCAAAGCUGAGGAGCAAGAGAAGCUUCUUGAGGAGUCCAAUAUGGAGCUGGAGGAGAGGAGGAAGAGAGCUGAGCAACUUCGGAAAGAACUUGAGGAGAAAGAGCAAGAACGCUUGGACAUUGAGGAAAAAUAUACCAGUCUGCAAGAGGAGGCGCAGGGAAAGACCAAGAAAUUAAAGAAAGUCUGGACCAUGCUGAUGGCCGCAAAGUCAGAGAUGGCUGAUCUCCAGCAAGAGCAUCAGAGAGAAAUUGAAGGCCUCCUGGAGAACAUUCGGCAGCUCAGCCGUGAGCUUCGGCUUCAGAUGCUCAUUAUUGAUAACUUCAUACCUCAGGAUUACCAGGAAAUGAUUGAAAACUAUGUCCACUGGAAUGAAGACAUAGGAGAAUGGCAGCUGAAAUGUGUGGCCUACACAGGAAAUAACAUGAGGAAACAAACCCCAGUGCCUGACAAGAAGGAGAGAGACCCUUUUGAAGUAGAUCUUUCCCACGUGUACCUCGCCUAUACAGAGGAGAGUCUGCGUCAGUCUUUGAUGAAGCUAGAAAGGCCACGGACCUCCAAGGGGAAAGCAAGGCCAAAGACUGGGAGAAGAAAGCGUUCUGCAAAGCCUGAGACCGUAAUUGAUUCUUUACUUCAGUAAAUGUUACAGAAUUAAGGUUACAAUAAAAAAGAGCGAUAUUCUCAUGCCUGGACAGAAAUCCUUAAUUAAGACUCUGAGGACACCUGUGUAAUUCGUAUAAUGUAAGCUGUAAAUUAUGGAGUGAGGCUGGAAAUAGUAAUUUUCCUAAUAAUUCUUAGACUUUGAAGUUUCUGUAACAUAUAAGUGUGCAUAGGUCAUGACUGUUGGGGAUGCCACGCUGUGCAGCAAUGCUCUGUGGAAGGAAGGGCGCAGUUCUUACAGAACAUUGUGGUUGUAUGUGAAUGUGUGUCUCUUAGCUUUGUACUCAACUAUUGUGUAUCUAGAUAAGCAGAAUCUCAGAGUAGAAGAAAGUCUGUCUUGUUUGCACACAGUGCAUAGCAGAUCACCUUGUCCUGUGUCAAACGCCUGGGGGCUCAUCUAAACAGUAACUUCUCCUAAUACCUGCAGGCCUGUCUCAGUGCAUUCUGACUUUAUACUGAUGUUUGUUGCAUUUAGGUAUGAGAUGACUGACUAUGGAUCUCCUGUAGAGAUUGUAUAAUUUGACAGCUUUGCAGUUUGCAUUUUAAAGGUACAGUUUGAGCAUGUGCUUCAUCUGGCCACCCUCCACCAGUUUCUCUCACCCUACCUCCACCCACAUUAGCCUUUCUUGUUGUUGCUGGCUUGGUUUCCCUCCCAAAGCUAACACUGACCACCUACCCUUGCUCACACACAUUUUUAAAGGUUUCCCUGGACAUACAGCUUACAGACACUCUAUUGCUGCAUUUUAAGUUUUGAUGGAAAUGACUGUAUACAAAUUGAAACCAGUCUCAUUUUUCAGAAAAUGAAGCUAAACCAGAAGAAUACCCUUUAAUUUUCUUUAUAGCAUUUACAUACAUAGAAUAUACUGUUCUGAGUUUCUUCUGUUGGUUAAUCCACUUAGGCCAUAUUCUUCUCCGAAAAUGUUAUAUUCAAUAUAUAGUAAAAUAAGUUAUAAUAAAUUUUUGUAGUAAAUGUU